GUGACAUUUUACCAACGUAACUGACAGAUGUGGAUAUAUAGUUGUCAAAAUUAGGAAUAAGAAAUGUUCAUGUUUUCCACAUAAAAAAAAACGAUUUUGAUUCAGACUUUUCUAUAUAUAAUGACAAAGAAGGGAAAAGCGGUAAUUUAAUGAUAAUAAACUGAGUUUAUUUGUUUUCUGAAACUGCUUUUCGUAAACAAUCACGGAAAUAGUUAGAAACAUGCCUGCAGCUACUUUAGGUAGCAUUUCACAUCCUAAUAAUGAAGAUUGUGGCAUUCGAGACGUAUGGGCUCAUAAUUUAGAAGACGAAUUCCGAACUAUAAGGCAAAUAGUUCAGAAAUAUCAAUAUGUUGCAAUGGACACCGAAUUCCCAGGCGUUGUGGCAAGGCCCAUAGGAGAGUUUAGAAGUUCUGCUGAUUACCAAUACCAAAUGCUAAGGUGCAAUGUAGACUUAUUGAGGAUAAUUCAACUAGGCCUUACAUUUUUGGAUGACAACGGAAAGACACCUGGUGGGGCUUAUACUACAUGGCAGUUCAAUUUUAAAUUUAAUCUCCAGGAAGACAUGUAUGCACAAGACAGUAUUGACUUGCUGCAAAAUUCAGGAAUUCAAUUCAAGAAGCAUGAGGAUGAGGGUAUAGAACCUCUAGAAUUUGCGGAAUUGCUGAUGUCUUCUGGUAUUGUUCUUAUGGAAAAUAUAAAAUGGUUGUCUUUUCAUUCUGGCUACGAUUUUGGAUAUCUUAUAAAACUAUUGACUGACAACAACCUUCCACAAGAUGAAACUGAGUUUUUCGAUUUAUUAAAAUUAUAUUUUCCCACAAUAUAUGAUGUUAAAUAUCUAAUGAAAUCAUGUAAAAAUUUAAAAGGUGGUCUUCAAGAAGUAGCUGAACAACUCGAAUUAGAAAGGAUUGGACCACAGCAUCAGGCAGGAUCUGAUUCACUUUUAACAGGAAUGGCAUUUUUUAAAAUGAAAGAGAUGUUUUUUGAAGAUACGAUCGAUGAUUCCAAAUUUUCCGGCCACCUAUAUGGACUCGGAACAUCUUUCACGGUGAACGGCACCACAAACAACUAUGCAAACGAUAAUGGCGACACGACAAACUCUUCAUGAAACCCGUUUGCGCUCUGUCUAUUAAAAAUAAUGAAUAUAAGGUGGAAAAAUUUAAUGUGACCCAUUUUCUUGAAAACAAAAAAUAUAUGAAUAUUUAUAUAUACUGGA